CCGUGGGAGUGGGAGUGGGAGGAGGAGGAGGGCGAAAAAGUUGCGGCAACUUUUGCGACACGGAGGUGGAAACUUUCGGAGUUCGGACCCCGCGGUGACGGCGGCGGCGGCGGCAGUAGCGGCUGGAGCUCGGACUGCGAACAUGGCGCAGCGCUGCGGCCGUGCCACGUCUCGGUUUGCUGCGCAAACACGGAGCCGCCUGCGGAGGAGCGCAGCAUCUGCGCUGUGCCUGUGCUUUUACCUGCUGCUGCCCUCGGCCGCGGAGGCCGGCCUCUACACGGCUUCGGACCAGAUCCAGCCGCUCACCCCGGAGAACGCGGGGGCGCUGCUCGUCAACUCCACGGCGGCGAUAGUCGUGGAGUUUUACGCGUCGUGGUGCGGACACUGCGUCGCUUUUGCUCCGGUUUACAAAGAACUGGCCAGAGACAUCAAAGAGUGGAAGCCGGCGCUGGACCUGGCUGCCAUCGACUGUGCUGCGAAGGACAACAGGAGGUUCUGCAGCAGUUACGGCAUCACGGGGUACCCGUCUCUGAAGUUCUUCCACGCUUUCUCCCAGGCCAGUUCAACAGGAAGGUUCAUCAGAGGAUUCCACCAUGAUUUCUCUGCUAUUCGUCAGAAGCUCAUAGACAAGCUGGAAACCCAUAAGGAUCUGUGGCCGCCGGCCUGCCCCCCGCUGGAGCCCACCAGCCAAGCGGAGGUCGACAGACUCUUUGAGACGAACAGCGUCCAACAUCUGGCCCUGAUCUUUGAAAAAAAUACUUCCUACAUCGGCCGAGAGGUCACCCUGGACCUGCUGCAGUUCGAGAACAUCGCAGUGCGGAGAGUCCUGAGCACAGAGAAAGACCUGGUGACGCUGCUGGGAGUGACGGACUUUCCAUCCUGCUACCUCUACUAUCCAGGAGGAACCUUCACCAGGCUUCAAGUGAACCUGGAGGCUCGUACCUUCUACUCUUCCGCCCUCCAGAGGCUGCCGGGGGUGGUGCGUUCAGGUAAGCCUCCACCCGUCAGCCUAGACGUCCUGGCCAACAACACCAAGGAGCCCUGGAGACCCUUCAACAGCUCCAGGGUGUACAUGGCUGACCUGGAGUCAGCGCUGCACUACUCCCUGCGUGUAGAGGUGGCCGCUCACCCCGUCAUCAGAAAGGACGCGUUGACCUCUCUGAAGAAGUACGUCGCCGUCUUGGCGAAGUACUUUCCAGGUCGUCCUGUGGUCAUGAACCUGCUCAGGUCUGUGGACCGUUGGCUUCAGAGUCAGCCGGGAGACGAGAUUCAAUACGAAGCGCUCGAAGGGAUACUGGAUAAUUCAGCACAGACUCCAAACACUGCGCUGCCUGAGGGGGAGACGUGGGUGGGGUGUCAGGGAUCACAGCCCCACCUCAGACGCUAUCCCUGUGGGGUGUGGACUCUCUUCCAUGUUCUCACUGUUGUACAGUCCAGCAGCGGUGGAAGCACAGAUCCUCGGGAGGUGCUGGGCGCCAUGAGGGGCUACGUGCGCAGCUUCUUCGGCUGCAGGCACUGCGCCGAGCACUUCGAGAACAUGGCGAGGGAGAGCAUGGUGGGGGUGCGCACGGCGCCGGCGGCGGCCGCGUGGCUCUGGUCCCGACACAACGUGGUCAAUAACAGACUGGCAGGGGCACUGAGCGAGGACCCCAAUUUCCCAAAGAUCCAGUGGCCUUCGCCGGAAAUGUGUCCAUCCUGCCAUACAGUGGAUGCCAAUGGGGAUCACAAGUGGAAUGACAAGGAGGUUCUCCGCUUCCUGCCGUCCUACUUCUCGGCCAGCGGGAUCCUCACAGACUACCUCGAAGACGAGAGCAAGGUCCUGGAAAAGCAGCGGCUGAAGCACGCGGCGAGGAAAGCGAGGGACGCUCCGGACCCGGUGGCGCCGACGCCGUCCUCCGUGCAGGGCGAGGAAGAGGACGAGGAAGAGGAGCUGCAGGAUGAGGAGGAGGAGGCUGGGGAGGGGGGGGCGGACGCGGGCGAGAUGGGCGCCGAGCCGUCCGAGCCCACGCCCUGGGACCAGCCCGCCAUGGACCUGGACCCGGGCCCGGGCCGGGGCCGGGGCCGGGGCCUCAGGAGGCCCAGCAUCGUGGGGAUGAGGCUGCGCGGCGUGCAGGAGGACAUCGUGGACCUGGACUCCUUCGUCAACCAGCUGUACAACGCCAAGGCGCUGCGGCUGGCCGCCUCCAGCCGGGUCAAGCAGCGCUCCCUGCAGAGGAAGGAGGAGCGCGAGCCCGGGCCGCGGCUCCGGCUCGGCAUGGAGCUGGACGCCGGGCUGGGCAUGGUGGGCCUGCAGCCCAUGGAGGCCGACUACGAGCCGGACGCGCAGAAGCGGGAGGCGUUCGCCGAGGAGCUGGACCCGAGGGGCCGCUGGAUGUCGGUUCUGAGCAUCGGCUUCUCCCGGGUGGACAUCAGCCUGUGCGUCAUCCUUUACGCCCUGUCCUCCAUGUGCCUCCUCGCCAUGUACCUGUUCUUCAAAAACCGCUUCAGGCUACGGCGGAAGGCGGUUCUGCCCUGAGCCACAGGCGACGGGGUUCCUCCUCUGGAACGUCUGUGUGUAGAUGUAUAUUAGUACGUGUUGGUGUUAGUUUGGGGUUUGUGCUUUUUACCACUUGAAGGAUGAUUUUACAGCAGUUUUGAAGCCGUCUAAUAUGAAUUAAUUUGAACUAAUCUAUUUUAGGCUGUGCCAUGUGAACUAUUUUUGUGGAUGGUUUAACCGCGUGAUCGCUUUCAUUCGUCGCAUCACCUGUUGGGACGUUACGACGCGGUGCUGCGUCCGCACAAGCGCUGCUCUGGUUGUUUAUGAAGCGACGUGGAGAAACGCACACGUCGACACUGGACAAGGUUUUAAAAAUACGCAGGAUUUGUUUCGGGCUGUCGUCCACAAAGUCAAGCUGAAUCCCAAGAUACAUCUCAAAAAACACUGUUUUACGAAAGUUCCUCCUCUGUCUGAAUCAAUAAAAUUAUUUUUGAUAAGGA